GUGUGCCCUGCCAGCAAUCCAUAAGUUGUCGAGUUAUUGUUAUUGAUUAUCAAAUAACAAAGUGUACGCAAACAGAAGCCGGCAAAAACCGCCGAAGUCGAAAAAGAAGCAUAUAAGCUGAGCUUAGAGCAACGUGUAAAUACAAGUGGAGAGUGAGACCAGAUUUUGUAGGUUCAUAUUUUGUUAAGUGCAAAAAUCGUGCAUCGUGUGCCAAAACAUACAUAGAAAGAAAGAGGCGAAAAGCAAGCAAUAACAAAAUUGAGAAAAUAGCUAAAUAGCAAUUAUCCAGCGCAGUAGCGUAAAAGAAUUAACAACAAUAACAGCCAUAAAUAAAAGCCGCAGCCGCCGCCAACGCCACCCAAAAGAAAGUGUCACUGUUGGCCCCCCUCCCACCCAAGCCCAGCUCCAACAAGCAAACAAACCCACCACCAACACAGCAUAACAGACGGCAGCGACGCGACACAACGCGACGCGACGCAGCAAGCGCAGUUUUUCGCACAACAAAAACAAUAAGAGAGCGGCAAAACGGCGACAGCGACGGAGGCAGCGACUGUAGCAAUAAAGUGAAAUUAACGUUAUAAUUUAUUUAAAUAAUAGCCAAUAUAACAAUUAAGAAAACACAACAGCAACAAGAACAACAGCAACCAGCAGCACCACCAACAACAACAACAACACAAGAGCAAUAAUAACAAAAUGGCAACACUAAACAAAUUUACAAAAACUUUAUCCAAUGAUGAAAAGGCCGAGAUAAAAGAGAAAUUCACAGAGCUGGACGCGAACAAGGAUGGUUUCAUUGAUCUGCACGAGCUGAAGGAUGCACUCAACCAGGUGGGCUUCAAGCUGGCCGGCUACCAGGUGCGCGAAAUGAUUGACGAGUUCAAAAGCAAACAGCGCACAGCGCAUCAGGGCAAGCUGAACCUGGAUGAGUUUGAGACACUGUGCCUGGACCUGAAGUCCAAGGAUGUGGCCAGCACAUUCAAGACGGUCGUAUCGAAGAAGGAGAACCUGGAGACAUUAGGCGGCAUGUCCAGCAUAUCGUCGGAGGGCACCACGCAUUCGGUGCGGCUCGAGGAGCAGCUGGCCUUCUCCGACUGGAUCAAUUCGAAUCUGGGCCACGACAAGGACCUGCAGCAUCUGCUGCCCAUUGAUGCCGAGGGCAAGCGUCUAUAUCAAUCGAUCAAGGACGGCAUCUUGCUGUGCAAGAUCAUCAAUCACUCCUGCCCCGAUACCAUCGAUGAGCGCGCCAUCAACAAGAAGAGCCUGACCGUCUAUCGCGAAUUCGAGAAUCUGACGCUGGCGCUCGUCUCCUCGCAGGCGAUUGGCUGCAACAUUGUCAACAUUGAUGCCCACGAUCUGGCCAAGGGCAAGCCGCAUUUGGUGCUCGGCCUGCUCUGGCAGAUCAUUCGCAUCGGCCUGUUCAGUCACAUUACCCUGGACAGCUGUCCCGGCCUGGCUGGCCUGCUCUUUGACAACGAGCGGCUGGAGGAUCUGAUGAAAAUGUCACCGGAGGCCAUAUUGUUGCGCUGGGUUAACCAUCAUCUGGAACGUGCCGGCAUCUCGAGACGCUGCACCAACUUCCAGUCGGACAUUGUCGACUCGGAGAUCUACUCGCAUCUGCUUAAGCAAAUAGCCGGCAACGAGGCCGACGUCAAUCUGGAUGCACUGCGCGAAUCCGAUCUGCAGCAGCGCGCCGAAAUUAUGCUGCAGCAGGCGGCCAAGUUGAAUUGCCGCAGUUUCCUCACGCCACAGGACGUCGUCAACGGUGUCUACAAGCUGAACUUGGCCUUUGUGGCCAAUCUGUUCAACAACCAUCCCGGCCUGGACAAGCCCGAACAGAUCGAGGGUCUCGAGUCCAUCGAGGAAACGCGCGAGGAGAAGACCUAUCGCAACUGGAUGAACUCCAUGGGCGUGGCGCCGCACGUCAAUUGGCUGUACUCGGAUUUGGCCGAUGGCUUGGUCAUCUUUCAGCUGUUCGAUGUCAUCAAGCCGGGCAUUGUGAACUGGAGUCGCGUCCACAAACGCUUCACGCCGCUGCGCAAGUUCAUGGAGAAGCUGGAGAAUUGCAAUUAUGCCGUUGAUCUGGGCAAGCAAUUGAAGUUCUCGCUGGUCGGCAUUGCUGGCCAGGAUCUGAACGAUGGCAAUGCCACGCUCACACUCGCUCUGAUCUGGCAACUGAUGCGCGCCUACACAUUGUCCAUAUUGUCCCGGCUGGCCAACUCGGGCAAUCCGAUCAUUGAGAAGGAGAUUGUCCAGUGGGUGAACACACGCCUCUCCGAUGCCGGCAAGCAGUCGCAUUUGAGGAACUUUAACGAUCCGGCGAUUGCCGAUGGCAAGAUCGUAAUUGAUCUGAUCGAUGCCAUCAAGGAGGGCAGCAUCAACUACGAGCUGGUCCGCACCAGCGGCACACAGGAGGACAACCUGGCCAAUGCCAAGUAUGCCAUCUCCAUGGCGCGCAAGAUUGGCGCCCGUGUCUAUGCCCUGCCCGAGGACAUAACCGAGGUCAAGCCCAAGAUGGUGAUGACCGUCUUUGCCUGCAUGAUGGCCCUCGACUAUGUACCCAACAUGGACAGUGUCGACCAGAACAAUCACAACAACACAAACAACAGCAAUUGAAGUGCAGCAGCAACGACGACGACGACAGCAACUACUCAAUUAUACUUAAACAAAAGGAGUAACAAUUAUAUAAAAACAACAACAACAACAAAAUAUUGUAUACAAUACGUACGCCCAUGCAUACACGUGCAUGUGUAUUUGCUAAUUAACUGCAACUAACUUUUAAAUACGUGGCGCAACACAACGACAACAAACAACAAACAACAACAACAAACAACAGCUGCGCCCCGCAAAUUGUUCUUGUAAACGUUCUUUUAGAAUUUUUUUUUUUAUUAUUAUUGUAUUAUUUUUUGCUAUUGUAAUUAAGCGUAAAAAAGUUAAAAACAAAACACAAAAAAAAAACCACACACACAACACCUUUUGUGUUGCCUGUGCUCAUUAUAACCAAUUUUUUUUUUUUGUAAACAAAAAUUUAUUGUUUAAUUAUAUAAAGUGAAAACCUUAUUUUAUAAAUAAAGGUUUGGCCCUUUUCUGCUUUAGUUGUAUCUGUUUUUAGCCGAGAGUUGAACGUGCAAGAAAUUUUGUAACAAAUUUAAUAACAGAAACUAAAUACUUUGUAAUAUAUAUUUAUAAACAAUAUAUGCGUCAAUAUACACAUAAAACAAUACUAUAUACAAAAGGAAUAUAUAUAUAUACAUAUAUAUAUAAAUCUAAAUAUAUUAUCUAUUUUUGCAUAAAGAGUUGCCUGAUAAAGAAAAGGGACAAAGAUGUAAGCGAAUGCGGCAACCUUUUUUUUCUAAUUGUAAGCAAACUUUUUAAAAGCCCAUUUUGUUUACGUUUUAUUUUUUUAAUUUAAAUAUUUUCUUUUGUGUGUGUGUGUGUGUGUGUGUGUUUCGUAUUAGAGCGGGAUAGCGACACAGGCAUGGCUUAGAAAGAGCUAGCAAAUAAUAUGCCUGUUGUUUUUCUUAGUGCAAUGCAAUGAGGCGACUUGUAUGAAAUUGGACAUAAAUAAAAGUAAUAUCAUGCGCAUUACGAAACUAAAGUAAUAAAGUAUAUAAUAAAAACAACAACAAAACAAGAAA